AUGGCAUCAAAGCCUCACAACAUCGAUGAUGAGCAGCCUGAGGAAGCAUCAAAAGCUAGUGCCCUCGCCACCAAGCGCAAUGCCUUCUCGGAACUCAUGUCUCCUAAACACAAGCAGCCAAAGCCACAAGAAUCCCGGCCUAGCAACCCAAAUGAUGCAUUGAAUGGCCUUCUCCCAUACAUCUUAGAGCCGGCCAAGUUCCCCUCCGAUAUUGUCGUCCUUCACAAUGACAAGAGCGUAUUAGUUCGCGAUGCAUUCCCAAAAGCUACAGUCCACCUACUUCUUCUGCCACGAGACCCGGCAAAACGAGCCCUUAACCCCCGUGAUGCUUUGGAUGACCAGGAUUUUCUGGAAAUGGUGCGAACAGAGGCAACUACAGCUGUCCAACUGGCAGCAUCCGAGUUGUCUAGGCUGAUCAGUCCGUACUCGGAAUCAUGCCAAGCUCGCAUUGCUGCAAUGGAAAGUGAGAAUCCUCCAGACGAACUGCCACCUGGACGAGAUUUCUCCAAGGAGUUCAAAGUAGGAAUCCAUGCGCAUCCUUCGAUGAGUCAACUCCAUAUUCACAUCAUCAGUCGUGACAUGCACUCGGAUCGACUGAAGCACCGGAAGCAUUACAACAGCUUCAAUACUGACUUUUUCAUCCCGCUUGAGGAUUUUCCGCUUGCGAAGGAUGAUAUCAGACGCCAAACAGGCUAUCAGAACACGAACUUGAGGAAGGAGUUCAAGUGCUGGCGUUGUGGAAAGAUGUUUGGGAAUAAAUUUACACAGCUCAAGGCUCACCUCGAGGAAGAAUUCAAGAUCUGGAGAAAGGAAUAA